AUGUUUGACGAGGGAGAAAAUGAAAAGAUGGAGCCAGUGGAUCCAGAAUUAUAUGAAAGCUUAAGUGGGUGUAUCGAAAAUGAAAUAAAAGACAAUUACAUGGACUCGAUGAUUGAGUGCAGUGAAGACGAUUAUCACUCGGAGGAUGUUCAGUACGAAGAACAGGAUUUAAGUGAAGAAACAAAAAGGAAAAAGUAUCACACAUAUGGACGCAGGUACACAGACAAAGACUUCCAAGGACAGAGUGUUCAUAAAUAUUAUCAACAUUUACCCAUUUACUAUGAUGGAGAAAAUGAGGGGCCAAUAAAAAAAUUCAAAAGAGUUUAUAAAGCAAAUAAAAUAGAAAAUUUGGAACGAAAUAUUCGAGAAGAAGAUUUGUAUUACCCUUCCGUUCCUGUACAGUGGAAGGUAUAUGUGUGUCUUUUCUUGGACAAAAAAUAUAAUUAUGAAAAUAAGAAUGAUGAAAAAAUAUAUGAACGAUUUAAUAAAAAUGUUCGUCACAGAUAUGUCUUGGAGUUCCUGUCUUGGGUGAAGCUCUCCACACGAAUAUACCAGAACACUUCAAAAGUGUUAAUGGUAUUUAAUUUGAAGAAAAAUGAAAAUAUUUUUGGUAACCUCUUCUUUUUCACAUCUGUAAAUUUACACUAUGCAAAUAUGUUCCUUCAAUCCAAUCCUUAUGUGAAGCUAGGACUUUGUGAGCAGUUAUAUUUAUAUUCUUAUGAACAGAACAGUGAUCACUUUUUGCUUGGUACCUUUCCUAACUUGUUUUUACAAAACAAUUAUUUGUUUCUUAAAUUCUUUAACUUGAACAAAUUGGAUCAUAUUAAUGGAGUGUACGAAAAGCACAUGCGUUUUUUUGUUCGUUCUAAUAUGAUUUUUAAAUUGGGUAUUUUGAAACACGCUGCCAAGGAUACUUUGAAGGAUUUGUUUUUAACUCCUAAGCAAUAUUUACCUAUUACUGAGCGCCAGACCAAGAGCGUGCUGGCCAAGUUCGACAACGAGAUGGGUGUCUUCGAGCGCUGCUCUGCCGUGGAGGUCGACUCGAAGCGCACCAUUCGCCGUGUGUGCCAUGGGGAGGCCACUCGGAAUGUAGUCACUGGUGGGGACGAAGCCACGGGCUCGGCACAUGCCACUAACCACCCUAACAACGCUAGCGUGGAUAACCCGCAUAACGUGCAUGACGUGGACAAGGUGGAUAACGCCGCUAACACGGCUAACACCGAUAACACCGAUAACACGGCUAACUCUGCUAACCCCGGGAGGUUCUCGCGCGACUGCCUGGCCGAGCUGACCAUCGCCAACUGCAAGGACGAGGACGAGGCUCGCGAGUUCCUCGAAAAGGACCCCUACACCAGGUCUUGCCUCUACGACAGCAUCUUCUUCUGCGAAGUGCGCGAGGUAGCGCCGCACGUGAAAUACGCAGAGGGGUACAUGCCGAAGGGAAAGUCCUACCUGGACUACCGGCACGCACUGGACACCAACCUAAACCCCAAUUACUGCCUCGAGGACAAGCCGGAGUACAUGGAGAACAGGAGCCUCGCCCAGAAGAAAUUUGAAAACCACGAAAGGGUGGACAUGGACAUACUAGACACCUUCAUCAAGUUGAAGUACACCAAUCGGGAGGUCGACUGCGGGGAGGAGUUGGCGGCAGAGGAGGGCGCGGCAAGCCGUGCGUCCCAACAUACCGUCGCGUCUCCCCCAAUGACGCUCUUAACCUCGACGCAGAAACAACAACGGAGACACAAACGAUACAGGGUAAAAAUUGUGGACUACGAUAACGAAUACAUGGAAUACCUAUGCAACGUGCAAAACAAUAAAAUUGUACACGUUAGGAAGAAAGAGCAGAGGGAUGUGCCUGUGGACGAUGUAACCCCUUGCCCUUCGAGAGACAUAUACGAUGUCCUUAUAGAAGACAUGAAGAACCCAAAAAUUUACCGCAAGAAGGAUAUUAUCCUUGUGGAUAACACGCUGCAAUUUUUUGACCAUGUGUUCUUUAAAGACUACCUGUCCAAUUUCGUAUACAUUUCUCUUCCACCUGGUGAAUUUAUAGAAGAACCAUAUGGGAUAAAAGAUGAAAAAAAUUAUGACUUUACUAUCUUCAACAAUUCGCUAGCUAGCCAAGAGGAUUUCCUAAAGAGACAAAAUUACCAACCGCGAUUCUUAAAAGGAAUUUGGCUGAAAAAGGAUCAGUCCAAGAUUUUAUUUUACGACAAACAAAAUAAUGCACUCAUGUAUGGCACCGGAAUUGAUAAAACUUUUUCCUGGGACAAAAAAGUUGAUCAUCGCAUUAUGAAGAGGGCACUCAUAAAUAUGGAAAUCGCAUUGGAAAAAAUUAGGCAAGGGAGUUGUGUGCUGAUGGACGAUCUAACGGUGAACCAGGAAACUGAACGCACGAUUAAGGAGUACACAGACGAGUACACUUCUUUCGAGCGACGGUUCACGUCACCGCAUAACCAACUGGUCUCAUCGGAUGGAUACCCAGACUACAAGCCCCCUCCAGGCCUGGAGUACCUGAACCCGCACAUCUGGGAGAAGACCCCCGAGGAGCACAAGGAGCUGAUGCUGGACACGGACCGGGUACAAAAAAUCCACUCGAAAUUUUUGAAGAAGCUCGAGCUGUACAAAGCGUCCAUUGACGAUGACCCCUUCACGCAGGAGGUACCCACGGAGAGCGACAUUUUGGCCAAUUCAAACAAGGUGCAGGUGGAGUACCUGUGA